AUGUUGGAAAGGGAGCUGGAAGAGGCCGAGAAGGAAUUCCAGCAUGCAGCCGAUGCAGAAUUAAUGGUUCGGGGAGCUGGUCGCAUUCGGUUCAAGGAAAAUGACGACCCAAGAUUUUUAGGACCGUCGAGUGGCAUUGCGAUUACUCGCUUAGUUAUGGAGAUGGCCAAACAGAAUACAGACUCAAAGAGCAUCAAGGAUGUUGUACCCGAAUUAACGGCACACGAAAUAAAGCAAGCUUUUGAGGAGGAAAGCUCUAAGCCAACAUCGAAAGUUUACCCUAUCAUUAGCUCAAACCCACAGCCGAGCCUCCCAGCGAAGUAUGUCACGUACAGACUUGUCGAUGUGUUUGUGGUCAAAGCGCAAGCGAUGCUGCCAACAUUGCACGAGCCUACGUUCCGCCAGGAGGUCGAAGAUGUUUUCAACGGAUCUGACGAUCCAUGCAAGAAUUUCCAACUACGAAUGGUGAUUGCCAUUAGUAUGCAAAAGAUGAGUACUGCUUAUGCAGGAUUAGCCGACAGCUAUUACCUUGCCGCGCUACCCUUUCUAGAAGCCUCUUUGAGGCGGAUGGACCUCAGGGCUUUGCAGUGUCUAGUUUUGAUUGCCCAAUAUUCUUUGUUAACCCCGACAAGAACUGCCGCGUAUUGGGUUGUUGGAAUAGCCGUCAAAUUAUGUCAAGAUCUGGGGCUCACUGACGAAGCUACAAUCACCAAGUCGCCCAGUGGAGAACUGUUGAAUCCCUUGGAAAUAGACAUGCGGAGGCGACUCUUUUGGAUCGUCACCUCCAUGGAGUUUGGAUUAUCUCAUAGUCUUGGACGGCCCAGUUGCUAUUCUGUCAGCCACGAUCAUAUCCGUGUCAAAUUUUUCGAACUGAUAGAUGACAAAUUCAUUACCCCAGACGGAAUUCUUCCAGGAGGGAAGCCAAUACUACCUAAGUGUAUCGCGAUACAUUUUUUCAAGAUGCGACUACUACAGCUGGAGAUAAGGCGAACUCUCUAUCUCAAUAAGCGCGAUGCUCCUGUUGACGACCAAGAUCCAUGGUUCCAGCAAAUGCUCAAUAAACUUGAUUAUUGGGUAGCCUCCUGUCCGAAAAACGACGGAGGAAGUGGCUUGAGUGAGAAAUGGUUUCAUGGCAGGCGGAAUACAAUGAUCGUUUUCAUGUUUCGCCCCUCCCCUCAGGUACCAGAGCCUUCUGUCAGCGCUGCACAGAAAUGCUACGAGGCGUCCGUCUUCAAUGUGGCAAUGCAACGAGAGCAGAUUGCGACUAAAUCAGUCGACUUGACCUGGAUCUUCACUCAAUCCCUUUUUAUGGCGUUGAACACUAUCCUUUGGUCUCUGUCAUAUCCUGAGAUUCGAAGGGAGCAUCCCGUAGAGGAAGUUAAGGGCCACCUUGGCGUAGCGUUAGAGGCCAUCGUGCUUGCUGCAGAGAGAUGGCCCGGCGUUGCAUCAGCAUUACUCCUAUAUAAGAGCCUUGUCGCGGCAUGUCUCAAAGCAUACAACACUCAUGAAUCAUUCGUCGUCCAAUCUCCGUCCAAUCAUACAACACCAGCAUCGUCACAGGAAGUUGCGACACCGCCAUCCAUCUCAAGUCCUGCAAGCACCACAUUGUCAUUCCCUUCUCAGAACAUCCGGGGUAUGAAUGCCUCAAUUCCUGACAGUUUGUCUUCGGGCACAUUGUCAAGAGGGCACUCUGCAGAUCCGACGUUCCCAUUCUCAACCACCUCACCUCCUUCGGAACCGAUGAAACUGGCCCCGUAUCCGCUGUGGGACUCUCAAGUGCAGACGCAACGGCUUACUUCCUCAAGCAUAGCGCCGAUCCCAUAUACCACCUCGUCGUUUAACCCAACGACCGUCGCUUGCUCUGAUGGACAGUUCGACCCAACCACACCCUACAAUCAGUUUCCCUCUGUUGUUCCUGGUUUGCAAGGCUGGGAUCCUGAUUUUACACUUGCCUCUACAACGGCAAGCCACCUUGCGUAUGUUGAAGCGACUGUUGAUCCUAUGAAUUGGAUGGACUCUAUUGGAAAUCAAUACUCGCAAUAUUUCAAUGAGGCAUACCCUAUUCCAUCGUGGCGUGAGCGGACGCUCAGUCAACAUGACCAGGUUGAGCUGAUGGCGAAGUUGGAAGAGAACAUUCCUGAUGUGUCAGCCCAACUUGUGCGGGAGUCUGCAACGUUUUACCAGUCCUAG